AUGCCCAUCAUCACCUUCGUCGUUGGCUAUAUUUAUUUGGUAUUCGGAUCUUUUAAAACUUUCCAACUGAUUGGUUUCGGAUUUAAAUUCUCCUGCAUUUUAUCUGCAAUUCUCGCAAUAAUUUUCUCUUGGCACAUUUACAAAAUCGCCAAAGCUACAUCUGGAAACUUGGUUUGCCCUCGGACCUUCGCACUUCAAAUGCUUCUCACUCAUUUUUCGAUGAUUGUUGUCAUAAUAGCAAUAGCAUCAUUGGCAUGGCUUCCUCAGACAUCGGCAACAAAAUCAGUAUCGUUCGCUCUUUUUCUAUUUUUCGGAUACUUAUUGAAUAUUGGAGCCGGAACUUUCCCAACAUUUUCUGUCGCUGACCCUUUCUAUUGGAAUCAAAAUCGUUCAAUUUCCCCGUCGUAUGAUAGAGCUUUGAAGUCGGUUUUGCUUGGAGUAUCGUCUUACUGUUUCGCUCAAUUGACAUUUUUGUGGCACUCGGUAGCUACGAUGGGUUUUAUCUUCGUUGACGUUGUACUGAUGGCUCAUUACUGGGAGAUUGCAGGAGUUGAUGAUUGGGAGGAGCCACGAAGAGAAGAAAAUAAUGAAAUUUUGAUCCAAGAAAAUGAUAUUGUAGAGGAUUUACAUAUGGAUUAG